UCUCCGGGCUUUGGUAUGAAGGCUGAAGGAGGCAGCCAGAGAGCCCCGAUGCUUAUUCAGGCUAGGGAGAAGAGCCGAGUGGAGGGGCGAGCGAGGCUCCGGCUGCGCAGGGGAGCCCGGGGAGGCGGCGGCGCGCGGCCGAGCCAGUGGCCCGACAUGCCCCGGACUCGGGUCCGCUGCACCACCACCGCCGCCGCCCAGAGCCAGCCGGACGGACGUCCUCACGCCUGGGUUCCCCCGUGCCUCGCCCCCCGGGGGCUGGGACCCAGACCCUCUACAUUCGACCAACAAUAAACGCCCAGACAACCCCCUCCCCGCCCCACGCCCGCCCGUCGUCCCCGCUGGCCUCGGGGAAAGUGAAAGGAGGAGACGGAGCAAGGAAGGAAGGAAGGAAGGAAAGAAGGAAGGAAGGAAGGAAGGAAAGAAGGAAGGAGGAAGGAAGGAGCAGGAGCCCGAGCCUUGAGGUUCGGGGCCGAGACCCCAGCGCCGAGCCCAGGGCCGGCCGGGUGUGCGCGCUCUUCCGCCACUGCCCGGCUCCCACAGCCAUGCUCCUGGAUUGGGAGGCAGGAACCUAGGCACCCAGCGAUCCCCGGAUACCCUCUCCUGGGCCGGGAUGGUAUAGAGAUCAAGGCGUCCAGGAUCUAAAGAUCACCUCCUGCCCGCCUCCCUCCGCACCUCCAACUGGUGAGCAGGAGGACCCCACUCCACCCACCGGCCCUGACCUGGUCAUGGCGUCCAGCUCCGGCCUGGCGUGAGGACCCCCGACCCGCAAGAGAAGAGGAAAUUGGGACUCAAAGGACCGAGGUGGUGAAGACAGUGCUGUAGCUCAGAAGGGGAGGGAUGCAACAGGCCCCCUGUCUGCCUGAUUGGAAGCCCUGUUCUCAUUCCACUGAAUUACUCACGCUGCCCACCAGUGUUCCAACCCCUGGACACCUGGCACUGGACCUCCUCAGGAAGCAGUCCCUGCUCCAGUACCGAGUACCUGGCUGGGCCCUGGGCACGCACAGGGGCCGUAGCCCCACUGUGUGUGGGAGCCAUGAGGAUCCUGGCUAACAAGACAAGGUUACCCCAUCCCAGGAGGAGAGAAGCUCCAGGGAGUCCGCCAUUGUCCCCCCGUGGCCACUGCCCCCCUGCCCCAUCCAAGCCAAUGCACCCAGAAAAUAAGUUGACCAAUCAUGGCAAGACAGGGAAUGGUGCGGCCCAAUCCCAGCACCAGAAUGUGAAUCAAGGACCCACCUGCAACCUGGGCUCAAAGGGUGUGGGGGUGGGAAACCAUGGGGCCAAGGCCAACCAGAUUUCACCUGGCAACUCAAGUCUGAAGAAUACCCAGGCAGGGGUGCCCCCUUUCAGCUCGCUCAAGGGCAAAGUGAAGAGGGAGCGGAGUGUGUCUGUGGACUCUGGAGAGCAGCGAGAGACUGGAACUCCAUCCCUGGAUUCAGAAGCCAAAGGUGCCACCCAUGAUGGGGCCACACAGAGUGAUGGGGUUUCUGAGGUGGCACCCCGGAGCAAGCGGCGUUGUGUGCUGGAGCGGAAGCAGCCAUACAGCGGGGAUGAAUGGUGCUCCGGACCAGACAGUGAGGAAGAUGACAAGCCCAUAGGGGCCACCCACAAUUGUAAUGUAGCAGACCCAGCCAUGGCGGCCCCACAGCUGGGUCCUGCACAAGCCACCCAACUUCCCCUCAGUGAGAGCAGUGCACCAGGGCCCCCACAUGGGCCUCCCCCAGGCCUUCGGCCUGAUGCCCCCGGGGGUGGAGGUGUCCCUGGAAAGCCUCCCUCACAGUUCGUGUAUGUCUUCACCACUCACCUGGCCAACACGGCUGCGGAGGCAGUACUGCAGGGCCGGGCUGACUCCAUCCUUGCCUACCACCAGCAGAAUGUGCCCCGGGCCAAGCUUGACCAGGCCUCCAAAGUGCUGCCCACCCCAGAACCUCUACCCUUGAGCACAUCAUCAGCAGGCACACCACAGUCCCAGGCACUUCCACUGCCACCACCACCACCUCCAGCCCCUGGCAGUGCCCCCCCUGCUCUGCCUUCUGAGGGACCUCCUGAGGACACCAAUCAGGACCUGACACCCAACUCAGUGGGAGCUGCCAGCACGGGCGGUGGGACUGGGGGUACCCACCCUAAUACCCCUACAACUUCUACCAACAACAAUCCUCUGCCUCCUGGAGGAGACCCCAACAGUGCCCCUGGUCCUGCCCUGCUAGGGGAGGCUGCCCCCACAGGAAAUGGGCAGCGGAGCCUGGUGGGCUCAGAGGGCCUGUCCAAGGAGCAGCUGGAGCAUCGGGAGCGUUCCCUCCAGACACUUCGAGAUAUUGAGCGGCUGUUGCUCCGCAGCGGGGAGACUGAGCCUUUCCUCAAGGGGCCCCCGGGAGGAGCAGGUGAGGGGGGACCACCAGCACAAGCCCCUCUUGCCCCCCAGCAGCCACCCACGGCCCCUCCCAGUGGGCUGAAGAAGUAUGAGGAGCCCUUGCAGUCCAUGAUUUCUCAGACACAGAGCCUAGGGGGCCCCCCGUUGGAGCAUGAAGUGCCUGGGCAUCCCCCGGGCGGGGAUAUGGGGCAGCAGAUGAACAUGAUGAUGCAGAGGCUGGGCCAGGACAGCCUGACACCAGAGCAGGUGGCCUGGCGCAAGCUGCAGGAAGAGUACUAUGAGGAGAAGCGGCGGAAGGAGGAGCAGAUUGGGCUGCAUGGGGGCCGGCCUCUGCAAGACAUGAUGGGCAUGGGGGCCAUGAUGGUGAGGGGGCCACCGCCUCCCUACCACAGCAAGCCUGGGGAUCAGUGGCCACCUGGAAUGGGCACACAGCUGCGGGGGCCCAUGGAUGUCCAAGAUCCCAUGCAGCUCCGGGGCGGACCACCCUUCCCUGGCCCCCGUUUCCCAGGCAACCAGAUACAACGGGUGCCUGGGUUUGGGGGCAUGCAGGGUAUGCCCAUGGAGGUGCCUAUAAAUGCUAUGCAGAGGCCUGUGAGGCCAGGUAUGGGCUGGACUGAAGACUUACCCCCAAUGGGGGCGCCCAGCAAUUUUACCCAGAACCCUGUGUCCUACCCAGGUGGGCAGAGUGAAGCAGAACGAUUCAUGACCCCUCGGGUUCGUGAGGAGCUGCUGCGGCACCAGCUGCUGGAGAAGCGGUCACUGGGCAUGCAGCGCCCUGUGGGCAUGGCCAGUGGUGGUGGCAUGGGGCAGGGAGUGGAGAUGGAACGGAUGAUGCAGGUGCACAGGCAGAUGGAUCCAGCCAUGUUCCCUGGGCAGAUGGCUGGUGGUGAGGGACUGGCAGGCACUCCCAUAGGCAUGGAGUUUGGUGGAGGCCGUGGCCUUCUGAGCCCCACCAUGGGCCAGUCUGGGCUGAGGGAGGUGGACCCACCCUUGGGGCCAGGCAACCUCAACAUGAACAUGAAUGUGAACAUGAACAUGAAUAUGAACUUGAAUGUACAGAUGACCCCACAGCAGCAGAUGCUGAUGUCACAGAAGAUGAGAGGUCCUGGGGACAUGAUGGGGCCACAGGGCCUCAGUCCUGAGGACAUGGCCCGAGUGCGGGCUCAGAACAGCAGUGGCAUGGUAGGCGGCCCACAGAAGAUGCUGAUGCCCUCACAGUUUCCCAACCAGGGCCAGCAGGGGUUCUCCGGGGGCCAAGGACCCUACCAAGCCCUGCCACAGGACAUGGGCAAUACCCAAGAUAUGUUCAGCCCUGACCAGAACUCAAUGCCCAUGGGCAAUGUGGGGACCACUCGGCUUAGCCACAUGCCUCUGCCUGCUGUGUCCAAUCCUUCAGGGCCUGUGCAUUCAGCUCCAAAUCGGGGGCUGGGUAGACGGCCUUCGGACCUCACCAUCAGUAUUAAUCAAAUGGGCUCGCCAGGCAUGGGGCACCUGAAGUCGCCCACACUUAGCCAGGUGCACUCACCCCUGGUCACCUCGCCCACUGCCAACCUGAAGUCACCCCAGACUCCCUCACAGAUGGUGCCCUUGCCUUCUGCCAAUCCACCAGGACCUCUCAAGUCACCCCAGGUCCUCAGCUCCUCUCUCAGUGUCCGUUCGCCCACUGGCUCUCCCAGCAGGCUCAAGUCUCCCUCCAUGGCGGUGCCUUCUCCAGGCUGGGUUGCCUCACCCAAGACAGCCAUGCCCAGCCCUGGGGUUCCUCAGAACAAGCAGCCGCCUCUCAGCAUGAACUCUUCCACCACUCUGGGCAACAUGGAACAGGGUGCCCUCCCGCCUAGUGGUCCCCGGAGCAGCUCCUCAGCACCUCCUGCCAACCCUCCCAGUGGCCUCGUGAACCCCAGCCUACCAUUUACUUCCUCCCCAGAUCCCACACCUUCCCAGAACCCUCUGUCAUUGAUGAUGUCCCAGAUGUCCAAGUAUGCCAUGCCCAGCUCUACCCCUCUCUACCACAAUGCCAUCAAGACCAUUGCCACCUCAGAUGAUGAGCUGCUGCCUGAUCGGCCCCUGCUACCCCCACCGCCACCACCGCAGGGCUCCGGGUCAGGGAUCAGCAAUAACCAGUCCAACCAGAUGCACCUGAACUCAGCUGCUGCCCAAAGCCCCAUGGGCAUGAACCUGCCAGGCCAGCAGCCCCUGUCCCAUGAGCCCCCACCUACCAUGUUGCCUUCCCCCACCCCUCUGGGUUCCAACAUUCCACUGCACCCCAAUGCUCAGGGGACUGGGGGACCACCACAAAAUUCAAUGAUGAUGGCUCCAGGGGGCCCAGACUCCUUGAAUGCCUCCUGUGGCCCUGUGCCUAGCUCCUCCCAGAUGAUGUCCUUCCCACCUCGGCUGCAGCAGCCCCAUGGUGCCAUGGCUCCUGGCGGGGGGGGAGGUGGGGGGACUGGCCUGCAGCAGCACUACCCUUCAGGCAUGCCCCUGCCCCCUGAAGACCUGUCCAACCAACCACCUGGCCCCAUGCCCCCUCAGCAGCACCUAAUGGGCAAAGGCAUGGCUGGGCGCAUGGGUGAAGCAUACCCACCCGGUGUGCUCCCUGGGGUGGCAUCAGUGCUGAAUGACCCUGAGCUGAGCGAGGUGAUCCGGCCCACCCCAACAGGAAUCCCUGAAUUCGACUUGUCAAGGAUCAUCCCCUCUGAGAAGCCGAGCAGCACCCUUCAGUACUUCCCCAAGAGCGAGAACCAGCCCCCCAAGGCCCAGCCCCCCAACCUCCAUCUCAUGAACUUGCAGAACAUGAUGACCGAGCAAAAUCCCUCACGGGCCCCCAGCCUCCCAGGCCAGCAGGGUGUCCAGCGGGGGCUCAACGUGUCAAUGUGCCACCCUGGACAGAUGUCCUUGCUGGGCAGGACAGGUGUGCCCCCACAGCAAGGCAUGGUGCCUCACGGUCUGCACCAGGGGGUCAUGUCUCCUCCGCAAGGCCUCAUGACCCAGCAGAAUUUCAUGCUGAUGAAGCAGCGGGGCAUGGGCGCUGAGGUCUACAGUCAGCCCCCACACAUGCUCUCCCCACAGGGCUCCCUCAUGGGCCCUCCGCCGCAGCAGAACCUCAUGGUGUCCCACCCCUUGCGGCAGCGCAGUGUGUCUCUGGACAGCCAGAUGGGCUACCUCCCUGCACCAGGCAGCAUGGCCAACCUGCCUUUCUAGCACUCCAUUAUUGGGUCUGGAUGUGGGGCAAUAUUGCAAAUAUGAUAACCUGAAAAUAUUUUCUUCCUCUCCAGUGUUGGGAUGACCUGGGGUCAAGG